UCUUGCCUUGUUCGCCGCUUGGGGUCAAAACGCAGCGUUUUGGGUCUUCGAGCCUCCGUCCCCGCCAAAACGCGUGUUUUUGGGCUCUUUCUACGUUGAGCAGUUUAUUUCUGUUAUAUUCCCCCCACCCCCCCUCUCUUUCCAAUGAAUUUCAAAUUUAAAGCCGGGUCCAAAUCAACAAACCCUAACCCUAGCCCUAAUCCUAACAAUGAAGGUGGAAAGAGACAGAGCAUUGAUCUUGGAAACGGAAGCGACCUCAUCUACAUUCCACGGUUCCUAGCCUUCGAAGAAUCGUGGAAAUGGUUCGAUUACCUCAACAAAGAAAUUCCAUGGACCAGACCCACUAUUCGCGUCUUCGGCCGAUCUUGCGUCCAGCCUAGAGACACAUGUUAUGUUGCAAGUGUAGGAUUGCCAGAACUAAGUUAUAGUGGAUACCAGCCACAUGCCUAUACUUGGGAUGAUUAUCCUCCGCUCAAGGAUAUAUUGGAUGCAGUACACAAAGCUCUGCCUGGGAGUAGUUUUAAUAGCUUGCUCUUAAAUAGGUAUAAAGGUGGCAAUGACUAUGUGGGUUGGCAUUCCGAUGAUGAGAAGCUUUAUGGUUCGACUCCGGAAAUUGCAUCUAUUUCUUUUGGUUGUGAACGUGAGUUCUUCUUGAAGAAAAAACCCAGUAAAGUGUCCCAAGGAAUUUUGACCAUCUGUCACCGUAUACAAUGCGGACAAUUAGGGUUUCUUGCAAAAGCAACUGGGACAGUAUGUCAUUCACCAGGGUUUCUCUUGACAGCUUCUACUUAGUUUCUCAUGAAAAAGCAAUGGAACUUCCAGGAAUUAUAUAUUUAAAAUUAUCUUUUGAUGUGCAAGUCUCAGAUAGUCGAUCUAACGGUGAACCUGUGAACAAGCGGGCAAAGAAGAGCAGCAGUGUUGAUCAUCAUUCUUUCACACUAAAGCAUGGAUCAAUGUUAGUGAUGAGAGGCUACACUCAGAGAGACUGGGUCCACUCAGUCCCCAAGCGUGCAAAAGCAGAUGCAACCCGCAUCAACCUCACCUUCAGGCAUGUUAUUUGAUGGGCUGUUGGAUAACGGGCAGAGGUAAUUCAUUGUCCAGCUUCUAUUCUAUUACCAUUUGCCUGUGGGUCUCAGAAAACUUCCUGCUACAAGGCAAAAUAUCUUAUAUUUCUGUUAGAAAGGGAAAAGGAAAACAUAAUUUGCUUGAUUAUGGACACUAGAAGGUUUUUGGAUGGUGA